AUGGCGACGCCCAGUGAACUGUCUCUCGAGGAGAUUCGCAAAUAUCUAUUAGAAAACGGUGGUACGGCGCGUAAUCAUGAUGUUGUCAAGUAUUUCAAGAAAUUUUUAACUGAUCCUGAAACAAGAGUGGAAGCACGAAAUCGAUUCAAGGAGUACGUGAAUACUCUGGCCACCAUAAAGAACGAGGAGGGUGAAAAAUAUUUGGUGUUGAAGAAAAAGUAUCGUCAAGCAUCAUUGGAUCUUUGUAAUCCCGAGAAUAUAAACUCAACUCAUACAUCACCUAAUUCACCUCAGCGAGAACCUCCCCCUUAUCGAGCACCCCCACCUGCACCCUUAAGUCCUACCUCUAUUAAUACUCAAGAAACAAAUCGUGAUAACGACGCGCAUACGAAUUUAGAAAGUGACACAGAAACGAGAAAACAAAUUCAUUCUGACGAAGCCGUUUCAUCGAGUGCAUCUUCACCCCCCGUACCACCUCGUCGUAAAGGUCAGGACAAAAUCAGGAUGGAUAGUAAAGAAAAUAUCGAGAGAAGCAAAACUGGAACCGAUGGAGUUAAUAAAGAAGAUGAAAUCAUCACUGCUGCUAAUCCUGGAUCUGGUGAAGAAUUGAGCUUCCGUGAACGGAUGCAACGUUUUGAUCGGAUGGCUAAUGAAACUGAUCAACAUGGCAGACCUAACGGUACUACAACGCCUACUAAAAAACGAUCUGAAAAGGGUGCGGACGAAGAAGACAGUGCUUCCGUUGCAUGGCAAUUAGAUGGAAAAUCACGAGAAUGGUUGGUGAAAGCUGCUCAAGGAGAUUAUCACGAAAUGGCGAAAUUGGCUGCUGUGGAACCACGUCUUACUGGAUUAAAGGGUAACAUGAAAUCUUAA